GCGGGCGGGGGCGCUGAGCCCUAGCUGGUGUUCGCAUCGAUCGCGAGCGCGUAGCGAUUGCUUCUGUCUGUUGUUUAGGUAUGGCGCCGGCGCCGAAGCCGAGAGGCAGCGGGAACCCGGGUGGGGGUCUCGCUCUGUGCUGACCGCGAUCCCGGGGCCGAGUGGGCUAUGGGGGAGCCCGGCUCGUUGGUCACGGGAGACCGCGCCGGUGGCCGGAGUUGGUGCUUGCGACGAGUGGGGAUGGACGCUGAGUGGCUGCUGCUCGAGGACGGAAACGAGGUGACUAUAGGGCGAGGAUUUGGUGUCACAUACCAACUGGUAUCAAAAAUCUGCCCUCUGAUGAUUUCCCGAAACCACUGUGUUUUGAAGCAGAAUGUCGAGGGCCAGUGGACAAUUAUGGACAACAAGAGUCUGAAUGGUGUUUGGCUGAACAGACAACGUCUAGAACCUUUAAAUGUCUAUUCUAUCCAUAAGGGAGACCACAUCCAGCUUGGGGUACCUCUGGAAAAUAAGGAGAAUGCAGAGUAUGAAUAUGAAGUUACUGAAGAAGAGUGGGACAGGUUGUAUCCUUGUCUUGCCCCAAAGAAUGACCAGAUGACGGGAAAAAAUAAGGGAUUGAGAACUAAAAGGAAAUUUAGUUUGGAUGAAUUAGAGGGCCCUGGAGCUGAAGGCCCCUCAAAUUUGAAAUCCAAAAUAAGUAAAGUAUCUUGUGAAUCUGGUCAACCAGUGAAGUCUCAUGGGAAAGGUGAAGUGGCCAGUCAGCCCUCUGAAUAUUUGGAUCCUAAGUUGACUUCUCUUGAGCCAAGUGAGAAGGCCACAGAGGUUCAUGUUUACCCUGGCUCCACAAAAGUCAUAGAGCUUCAUCAUAAGAAGCAGAAAGCCUCAAACCCUUCAGCAUCGCACAGCAGCUUAGCACUGUUCAAGGUGACCAUGUCCAGGAUUCUGAAGCUGAAAACACAAAUGCAGGAAAAACAGGUAGCUGUACUGAAUGUGAAAAAACAGACCCAAAAAGGGAACUCAAAGAAAAUCGUAAAAAUGGAGCAGGAGCUGCAGGACUUACAGUCCCAGCUAUGUGCAGAGCAGGCCCAGCAACAGGCCAGAGUGGAACAGCUAGAGAAGACUUUCCAGGAAGAGGAACAGCAUCUCCAGGAUUUGGAGAAGGAACAAGGAGAAGAGGACCUGAAGCAACAGCUGGCCCAGGCUCUACAGGAGCAUCGGGCUCUAAUGGAAGAGCUAAACCGCAGCAAGAAGGACUUUGAAGCAAUUAUUCAAGCCAAGAACAAAGAAUUGGAACAGACCAAGGAGGAGAAGGAGAAGGUGCAAGCACAGAAGGAGGAAGUUCUUAGCCACGUGAAUGAUGUGCUGGAAAAUGAGCUCCAAUGUAUUAUUUGCUCAGAAUACUUCAUUGAGGCUGUCACCUUGAACUGUGCCCACAGUUUCUGCUCCUACUGUAUCAGUGAAUGGAUGAAGCGAAAGGUAGAAUGUCCCAUUUGUCGGAAGGACAUCAAAUCCCAAACCCACUCCCUGGUUCUGGACAAUUGCAUUAAUAAGAUGGUAGAUAAUCUGAGCUCAGAAGUGAAAGAACGACGAAUUGUCCUCAUUAGGGAACGAAAAGCAAAGAGACUGUCCUGAAGACCAUGCUCCAGAGGCAUUUGAAGGACUGCCAGGCAGUGGGAGCUUGGAGCUUGGGAUGGUCUAGAGGAUUCUCUGUGGACAGGUCUUGGGCCGCUCUGAGAUAGAGCAUGGGAUGGAGCCACGUGGGACAGAGACUGAGUUAGGAAGUCCUCCUGAGCCUCCAGGUCGGCCAGCUUUGCGGCCACCAUUGUCUGAAGAGCCACUGGUCCUCACCGCACUGACUGCUUCAGGGUACUCAAUAGACUCGGCUUCACUGCGCGUUGAAUGGGUUAUGUAUUUCUGUUCUGCUUUUUAAAUUUAUUGUUGUUGUUACUGUUUUGGUACCUCAGAAGCACCUCUGUCGACAUUUGUUUUGGACAGGUUGGGUGUACCCUUACGGCUGCCCCUAAAAGCUAAGACAGCUUCUCUUGGAGAAGAUGGCAUACCUCUUUGUGAAAACAAGAUGUCAUUUCCUGGAAAUAAAAUGUAAAGCCUAUCAGUUGUGCAGCUGGGCUUUGGUGUAUUUAUCUUCUUCCCUUCCAGCUCACACACAGUCUCACAAGUAAACACUGGCAGCUCAUAAAUUGCAACCAAGAAAGUGACUGUAUCAGAUGAUAGACUCAAGUGAAUGUCAGCAUAAGAAGCCAAGCCCAAGAUCAUGACCAUCGCAGACGGGCUCUGUUAAGGCCCUGACUGUUGUUUUUCCUUUUCAUUCCAGAGAAAGAAAACUAGUUUGAUGUUUGGGAGAUAGAAGCUUAGGAAAACCUGUGGUCUCCUUGGUUACCAGUGAGGAGAAUGAGGGAAGAUGCAGGAAGCUGAAGAGUAGUCAUUUGAAACGAGGAGCUCUCUAGUAAGAUUAUGAAACUGCGCAUUAUGUCGUUCAGCAAUUUGCUUCCAGAUGGAAAGGUAUUUUCCUCUCCCUUUUUACUGUCUACCUGGAGAAUCAUACUUUGUAUGCUUUAUUUAUACCCCUGUGUUUUCAUUAAGGAUUGGUAACUGUUGCCUCACCAGCUUUCUAGGGAUGGUGGAUUUGCAACACUGACUUUCCCGUGUACAUGUGUUCUGUUUAUAUGAUGGCGUGAGCAUGUAUAAAUUUUUGUAUAUUUGGUUUUUUAAGCUCACACAUUCACUUUUAGAAGAGUGCAGAUAUACAUUUUUUGAAUAGGUAAUAUGGUCACAUACCUUAAAAUCAUAAGGCACAGAAGGACCUAAAGUGAUAAUCCUGUCACCCUUGCCCCCCAGUGACCACUUCCCGGCACUGAGGUGAUGGGUGUUACUAGUUCUUAGGUACCUUUCGAGACAUCUCUGACUGUACAAGCAAACAUACACAUAGUCUUUUCCCUUCUUUCACGUGAAUUAAGAGAGACUCUACACUCUGUAUACCUUGCUUCUUUCAGAUAUAUCUUUGUGAUGGUUCCAUAUCAGAACAUGAGGAACUUGCUGUUUCUUAGUUAUAUCUUCCCAUUAUUGCAUUGUGUGUUUGUACCAUAGUUUGUUUUUCCAGUCUGUUUUUGGUCUAGGUUGCUUUAAACCUUUUACUUCCUUUUUUUUUCAUACAGCUCUCAAAAUCCUAUUAAAUAAAUCUCGGACUCUAUACUUUAAAACAACAAAGCAAAAAUAACAAAAAAUUCCAUAGAACCCAUAAGAUGUUAUGCAAGGAAGGAAAAAAGGAAAGUUUGGAAAUCCACGUACUGGGAGUUCUCUUUUAAAAUCAAAGCGGUUAGGGGCCUCUGGGUGGCUCAGUCGGUUCAGGAUCUGACUUAAGCUCAAGUCAUGAUCCCCCAGUUAGCGAGUUCAAGCCCCACAUCAGGCUCUCCACUCUCAGUGCAGAGCCCGCUUCAGAUCCUCUGUCUCCCUCUCUGUCCCUCCCCUGCUUGUGCUCACUCUCUCUCUGUCAAAAAUAAACAUUUUUUUUAAUUUUAAAAAUUUAAAAAUCAAGGAAGGUCAGUGUUUCUUUUUUAAAAAUUUAUGGUUAAAUAAAUAAGUAAAUAAAUUUAUGGUUGUAACUAUUUUCCUAAAUGUUUCAUUAGUGAUAGUCUUUUAAGUCUGGUUCCAUAAGAAUCUAUAACAUAACUACUUCCAUCUGAAGUUCCUACAGUCUGCGCUGAAAUAAGAAUGAAAUCAAUUAGGCUCUCAAUUCCACAAAACACUACAGCACAAAAGUAAACCUAAGGCAGACUAUCCAAGAUAAAAUUGGUCUCCCAACCAUUCAAGGAAAAGACAGUGCAACUAUUACUUUGAAUGAAUAGCCAUUUACGUUUACAUUUGGGAGCUUGAGAAAAUCAACCUCAUUUCCAGUAAAAUAUGUUUCACAUUGCCACAGAAAUCCUUAUAAGUUGUCUUGGGCGCUAGAAAACAGAGCAUGAACUGUGUAGUUUGUACAGUUAUCUGGUUCUUACCACAGCAUUGUUGGUUGGUUGGUUGGUUUAGGUAUUUACAAAUACGUUGUCUCAUUUUGAGGUUCUCACACUUUUGUAUCUCCUUGCCCCCAGUGGUGGUGGUGGCAACCUUCCAAGGUUCCAUGGUAACCGACAUGAGCCGUAGGACUGCCAAGAGCUGUUGGGCUUGUUAUGGAUCAGUGCAUCCCACUUUUUACUCUUAAAAAAACAAUGCUAAAAAAAAUAAAAACAACAACAAUGCUGCAGUGAACACUCUUAUCAUUAGAGCAAAGAUCCUUGAAGAAGGAACAUCUUGACUGGAAGAGCCUGAAGGCCAUCUGCCAAAGACUAAUCUCACAGACUGACCAUUCCCUCCUCCACCUGCACACAGGGUGACUUACAGCCUCUCCCUUCAGAACACCAUGUUCUUCUCAAGAACCAUGUUCUUAACACAGGUUAAGAAAGUAAGCUCUUAAAUACAGACCUAAGAAAAAGAAAACUUAACAUUUGGAAGUCAGACUAGCUGGGUUUGAAUCCCAGUCCUGCCAUUUGUAACUAACUAUGUGACCUUGAGCAAGUUAGUCAAUCUCUCUGAGCCUCCGUUUCUUCAUCCCUUGAAUGUCCUGAUGUGCUAUUGUGAGGCCUAAAUAAUUAUCCCAGUUAUUGCACUGCUCAUAAACAAAAAUCUGAAUGUUCUAUUUUUAAAAGACAAACCAAAAACUAACCCAAACUUUUGCAUUAUUUCUCUGAGCUACAGUAUGUUCUUCCCCUGGAGAGAUAUCUGAUACUAAACAUCAUCUACAUUUUGCUUGCCUAGAAAAACACAUGGUGACUUUUCUGCCUGCAGCACCAAACCACAGUAUAGCUGAGCCCCAUUACUGUGUAGUCUAGCUCUAAUUAAAGGCAUGUUCUCGACAACAGGGCUCUGAGAAACUGGGUAAAGGGUUUGUUUCAGAUUCUGGCUUUAUUACACAGAUGAAUGCAGCCAGCUAGCUCUGCGAAGCACUUUGCAAUGAGUGGCAGGUGUCCCAUAUACAUCUGAUUAUGUUAACCUAGAAAGGGCUUACUCUACCUCUAAGCAUGCUUCAUCUCAGCAAUCCGACUGCCCAGGCAGGGUUAGGUAGCUGGAUACUCGUCAUCUGUUUCUCUGAUUGGAAGCUGCUGUUUUUACAGAAAGACCUAAAUCCUCUCCUUAUCUCCAGCCCUUCUCUCUCACCGCUUUUUUCCUCUGGACUAUCCAGGCAGUCAUAGCUGCAAGAGUGCCUGGAAUGGACAAUUCUCUCCAGCCACCCAUUAGCUUUUAACAUCCUGACUCUGGAUAAAAUCUCCCCACUUGAUGUCUAAAGAUAACCUAGAAACUUAGGGAUGCCCUAAGUAUGUUCUUUGCAACAGCACAUUCUAAGCCUCUAAAGAAUCCUACAAUUAACUCUAUUCAACACAAAAAUUAAGAGAAGGAACAUCUAAUUUGCAUUGUGGUCCUAACCUAAGAAUUAAGAAAGUUAAGAGAAUCAUGUAAUCACUGUCCCUAAUCUAAGAGAUGCGGUCUUGUUAACAGGUGCAGGGCCUGAUUUGAGCAGAAUGCUGCCACUGGUAACAGUAGGCCAAGGGCUUGUUCUGAACUUCCCACUUGGUCAAUUCUUUUAGCUUUUUUGAUAAAUGAGAGUUGAGGCCGUAAGAAUAGGGGCUUCUGGGGAGAAGAUUGGUGUGUUGUAUUGAGCUUGUAUGAUGAAAAGUAAUGAACUGUCUUGUUCAACUGAUUUUAUUGCGUUUUUAAAAUUUUUUUCUUUUUUUUUUUUAGAGAGAGAGCACGAGUGGGGGUGAGGGGCAGAAGGGGAGAGAGAGAGACAGAGACAGAGACAGAGACAGAGAGAGAGAGAGAGAGAGAGAGAGAGAGAGAAAAUCCAUGCUCAGUGUGGAGCCCAAUGUGGGGCUUGAUCCCAUGACCCUGGAAUCAUGACCUGAGCCGAAAUCAAGAGUCAGAUGCUCAACUGACUGAGCCUAUUUUUUGAUUUUUUGUCAUGUUUAGAAGAGCAUAUGAAUCCCAGGAAAGGGCUGAAUCUGUAGUAGGUGCUCAAUAAAUACAUGGCUCUAAUUCUUUUGUCUGCAGCAUCCCCAAGCAAUGUACCCAUCGUGGGUUGCCAGAGCUCACUAAUGUAAUCUCCAGGCGUUAUUUUCUGUUUGUGGUUGCUUUACCAAAGUCUAACCCAGAUCCCCACCUCAGAUCUAAUUUCCAGACCUACUGUUUCUUCUACCCACUUCCCUUUGGGUUCUGUGAAUACUUAAAUCUGAUGUAACUUUUUUGUUAUAGAGUGGCCAUUUGAAUUCUGGAUGUUUUCAGUAAAUUCAGCAAUAGUUACUGAAUGCCCAUUUUUUUACUAGGCACAGUUCUAGGUGUUUGGGGUAUGGCACUGAAAAAGCAAAAAAGCUGCUGUGAGCCUAUAGUCUGUUCUGGGAGGGGUCAAAAGGUCAAAACCUUCCCACAAAGGUUUUGCCAGAUUCAGCAAUGCUGCCUGUGGAGCUAGUAUGUUGGAUGUGUUUUCAUAUUCCUCAAACAAAGAGCCUGUAGGCCGGGACUGGAUCCACUGCAAGAUAUGAAGCUGGAAUUUCACACCUUGAGGACCUGGGGUCUGGGAGGACCAGAGGGUCCUCCAUCUAUUUACCACCCCUUAGGAUGUAGGGACCAGCUCUUUCGAGGGGCCUUCAAGGGCAUCUCUAGGCAAGUUUGGGCCAUCACAGCAUGGAAGGCAGGCCCUGAAGAACCCCCUCUGAACUACCUAAGACGACCACAGUUCUAUGCAGGCAGUCACCUGGGUGACCACUGAGGGAGCUUCAGGUGACACUACUUCAGCCCAGGUAGGCACAGCCAAAUGUUUCUGAAGUGAGCAUUGACACCAAACUUAACCUAGUUGGUGGGUGAUAGUGGGCAGAUUUUCAGGACAUGUGCCUUUGUGAGUUUAUGCCUAGCUGUGAGGACUCUCCUGACCUUGUAGCUCUUCUUGGUUCCUCACCUCCUUACGCAGGCUUCUCCCUGUGCUGCCCUGGCUCUCAGGAGCUGAUUGUGUGCGUCUGUUCCUAAUUCUACAUUCAGCGACGUCAUGUUUGGUAGUCUGAAAUCAGUCACGGUGGGAUUAUUUAUACCAUGGAAAUUGGCAAAAUGCCACAAAUCAGAGCCCUCGCCCCCGCUGGCAUAGCCAGUUAAAAUAUUUACCAAAACGUCACUGGCACCUCCCAACAUGGUUGAUUCCGAAGGCCUUCUCACUCCAGGUCUUCCCAGUUUCUGGUGAAAAAGCCACUGGUCAGGCCAAGGGUGCUGUCUCCUUCCUGGUUCUCUAGAAUUGCUCCAGGAGGGUAGUGGUGUGCGUGCAGAGGCAGAACGGCCCUCCCCACUACUCUAGGCCACACUUAGUCAUCUUUGGAAUCACUGACACUUUAAGAAUCUCCAGUUUCUCAACAAAAUGGCUGCUGACCAUCAGUCCCGUAACCAUAGGGGCCUAGGCCUAAUCCCAGAGGUCCAGGGAGAAGACAGAGGCUACACCACCCGAUGCAUCCCCACUUCUUUAAUGACCUGCGUUCUCAUAGCCAUUGAAUGCAGUUGGAUGCUUGGUGGAGGACAGGGAUGUAAUCAACAGCAGCAGAGUCUCAGUCCUCAGCAGGGCCAUCAGUCAGUAUGCCCCAUCAUGCUUACUCAAACCAUCUUCCUACAGGAGUCCUUUAACAGUGAUUGGGAAUAGGCACCGUGGCUGGGGUACUGGGCAUCUCUCCAGGGCUGGAGCCUUGUUGCUGGGUGGUGUGAACUGCACUUCAUCCUGAGCCACACGAAUCUGGAUAUUAGUCCUCCCUCUUGGGAUUAUAAGCCAGCUUUGGUUUCUUGCAGCACGGGCACAGGUUGUCCUAGGUAGCAUCCUAAUGAUUUUUGGAAGAAUCCUUCCCAGGCAUGGUGUGACUUUGGAGAUGGCAGUGCCCUUGACUCAGGCCACCAGGUACGACUUAAGUCCUGACCUUGUGAGCGGGCUGAUUUCCCAAUGAACGUCUCUAGUCAUGAGAUCUUGUCUCCAAGUGUGCAACCCUCACAGAGCAGCAACGGCUAUCUUCCUACUUCCAUUUGAAGAACCUCCUCACCCUUCUGCAACAGGUCCUGAAAUUUGGGAAAUGGAAAACAGAAUCUCUAUUACCUCCCCUUCAGUUGCCUAAAUAUGAGGGGCCAGAUUUUUCAUUUUCCCCUGCCCUUUUGGAGUUAUCUAACCCCUUCUAAGAAGUUAGCUUCUGAACCCCUGGGAUAGUUCUCAGCAUUCAUUUGUUCCACAAGUACUUACUGAAUACCUACUACGUGCCAGGCACUGUGCUAGAUUCUAGCAUUACCACAGUCUCUGACUUUAUAGGACUUGUCCUAGAGAACAGACAGUAACAGGUGGUUAAGGUUUAAGUAGAAAUAGUACUGGGAACCAAGAGAACACAGAAAGGGAGCAGCCAGCUCAGACUAAGGACAUAGAAUGCUUUCUAGAGCAUUAGAUAUCUAAGCUAAGACCUGAAGGACAACUAGGGAUCACCAGGUUACGGGUGAGGAGAGGAGAGGACUGGGGGUUGGGUGGAGAAGGAAGUGUUCUGGGUAGACAAGAGUGGGAAGCCAGGGAGGUGAGAGAGAGCAUGGCCUUCUUGCGGAAGUGAAACGCAUUCUGUGUGGCUGGAUUGUAGAGUUCCUAAAGAGAUGUAAUAAUAUAGGCUAACAAUAUCUCAAUAACAUGUGUUGAACAUUGUUACUAUCACUUUAGAGGAAUUAAUUCUUGUAACAAAUCUGUUAUGAUUCCAUGUUAUAGAUGAGAAAAUGGAGGCAAUAAGAAGUUAACUCGCUUGCUCAAGGGCACACAAAUUAGUGGAAAGGAGAAAAUGCGGCUGAAGUGAUCAGCCCCUAUUAUGGAGUUUUAUCCUAAGAACAGUGAGCAAUCAUUGGAGGUUAUAACUGGGGGGAGUGACAUUUUCCUCUGUCUUGGGAAGAUCAGUUUGGUUGCUGUGUGGAGGGUAGGUUAGAGUGGGGAAGACAGAGGGUAUCCAGGGAGGCCAUUUAAGCAAUUCCAAUAAUCCACACAAGAGGUUAGAUGGCCUGAAUUAAGUAAGGCAUUGGUAGUGUGGGUGGGGAGAAGUGGAAGAUGUCACAGAUAUUUAGCAGGUGUAUUGAGCAAGACUUCUGAUUGAUUGGUUGUGGGGAUGAGGGAGAUCCUGGAGUUAAGGGUGAUGACUGGGUUUCUGCCUUGGAAAUAACUCAGGAAGAGGAAAAUAUUUGGGGGAAGAUACUAGUCAAGCAUGAAUUUAUUUUGGGGGAUUGUUGAAUUUGAAAAUGCUGAAAAGAAAAUUGCAUGGAGUGACUACAAAGUCCCUACACAUGCUAAUUAUAUACUCCCCUCCAUGGACCACACACAUUUAAAUUUUUCUGCCACAUAAUCUUCUGGACAUUAUCUUCCAGAGCAAUGGUUGGAAGUCAUUAAAGUAGGCCUCGAUAGCUGCUUUGAGGAAUUCAACUGUUAUCAGGCGGAUUUGAGAAUUUAUCAUGAUACCCGAAGGCAAGAAGCAUACUACAUGAUAUCAGAGCUACAGCCAUUCCAACAUCCACUAAAUUGGCUGUCAAGAUAAAUAUUUACAAACUGGGAAACCAUAAGUGCUGGAGCAGAAGAGCUGUUGAUUUAAGACCUUUCACACACAGCUGUGGAAAAAUCCAUGUGUUAAGUGUACUCAAGUAAGCAUUGUGGUUGACACUUGUGACAAAAAUGCCCCAUCAAAUGAUCUUAUGAAAUUGUCACCCACAUCAGGACAUGAGACAGCUAUUGCUCUGGGAUGGACAACAUGAUGUGACUCAUGAGGACUUCAAGGCUUCUCAACAUAGAGCUGAGAGCUCAGAGGUGAGACCUGGCUAGUAAUACAAAUGUGUACAGAUGGUUACUGGGAUCAUAAGAGAGAAUAAAAUCCCCCAGGGAGAGUAGGCUGAAGGGGAAAAUACCCCAAACAGAACGCUGAGGACCACUGACCUACAAGGGGAGCCACCUACAGAGACCAAGAAAGGGUAGUAGGCAAAAGGUAGGAGAAGUAAAUGGUGACGUAUCUCAGAGGGCAAAUGUGAUGGUUAAUUUUGUGUGUCAACUUGAUUGGGCCACGGGGUACCAGACAUUCAGUCAAACACUAUUCUGAGUGCCUGUGAGAGUGCUUCUGGAUGAAGUUAACAUUUGAAUCAGUGCACUGAGUAAAGCAGAUUGCCCUGUCCAAUGUGGGAAUCCUCAUCAAAUCAGCUGAAUAGAACAAAACGCUGACCUGGUAAGUGAGAAGGACUUUCCUCCUGCUGUACUUCCUUGAGCUGGGACAUGGGUUUUCUUUUCCUGCCUUUGGACUCAGACUGAAACAUCAGCCCUUCCUGGGUCUCUAGCCUGCAGGCCUUCAGACUGAAAUUACACUGUCAGCUGUCUUGAGUCUCCAGCUUGCCAACAGCAGACCUUGGGAUUUGUCAGCCUCCAUAAUCACAUGAGCUAUUUCCUUAUACUCAGUCAAUCAGUCAAUCAAUUUAUCUAUCUACCUACCUACCUAUAUCCUAUUGUUGGCUCUGUUACUCUGGAGAACACUGACUAGUACAGCAAGGCAACAUUUCAGGAAUUUGGGAGUGGUUAACAGGGCUAAAGGUUGCUGUUGGUCAAGUAAGAUAAGAACUGAAAAUACCAAUGGGUUUAGCAACUAGGAGGUCAUUGGAAGAGCAGUUUUAGUGACGUGGUGGGGGCAAAACAACCAUUUGCUCUGCAUUAGGAAGUGAGUGAGAAAUAUUUCAAGGGAAGAAGAAGAAAAAAGGAUGCAGUUGGAGAGAAAAGUCUGAAAAUAUGGUAGAGAGAAGUUGAGGGCUUUUUCUAAUGAUGGUUUUGAUGUAUUUCAUGAAGUUGGAAAGGAUCUUCUCUGACUAGAGUGAAGGAAAGGGGAAGUGUUGAGAUUGGAUAUUGGAAGAAGAUGGAGAAGAUUUGAAAUAACUGCUGGGCUGUGUGUGGACAAGGCGUGUGCCUGGAUGUCUUGUGGCACCAGUAGGUACUUUUGUGUGGUUUUAGCCUGGCAUGGCUCAGCUUCCUCUGUCUGGAGAAAAUGGAGUUGCAUGGAUUCAGGGUUGGGAUUUUGAUAACAGGGUGUCAUGGGGAUGAAGAGGGGAUGACCUUGGAUUCAAGACUGAUUGGAGUGGAAAAUGAAGAAAGCAGGGAGGUGGCAUGUAGAAAGUAGAUGAGUUUAGAGCCCGGAGUAGGUAUCUGCAAAGUCAAGGAAUUGGAUGUGAAGGAAAGAGCUAGAAGUGAGAGAACUGAUGUGUGGAUUUAAUAUUUAAAGGCGGGAACAGUUCUACAACCAAACAUGGAUGUCCUCAUCCCAAAAUGAAAUGAUGGGAUUUGCCCUAUGAGCACUCUCCUUUAUGGAAAUAAUCUUGGACGCUUUUCUUAAAUGUAAUAUUUUUAUUUAUAAAAUCGUUUAUUGCCAUUAUAUGUGUACAAUAAAUUUAAUAAGAAAUUUAUAAUUUAUGACAUAGAAAUUCAUUUAAGAACAGAUAACCCUAAAAUUUGUAUAGGACCACAAAAGACCCCAAAUAGCCAUAGCAAUCUUGAAAAACAAGAGCAAAAUUGGAGGUAUCACAGCCCCAGAUUUCAAGUUACACUACAAAGCUGUAGUAAUCAAAGCCAGUAUGGUACUGGCACAAAAACAGAUGCAUAGAUCAAUGGGACAGAAUAGAAAGCCCAGAAAUAAACCCAGAAUUAUAUGGUCAAUUAAUCUUCGACAAAGGAGGCAAGAAUAUGCAAUGGGAAAAAGUCUCUUCAACAAAUGGUAUUGGGAAAACUGGACCACUUUCUUACACCAUACACAAAAAUACAUUCAAAUGGAUUAAGGGCCUAAAUGUAAGAGACCUGAAACCAUAAAAAUCCUAGAAAAGAGUGCAAGCAGUAAUUUCUCUGACAUCAGCCAUAGCAACAUUUUUCUAGAUAUAUCUUCUGAGGUAAAGGAAACAAAAGCAAAAAUAAACUGUUGGGACUGCAUCAAAAUAAGCUGCACAGCAAGGAAACAGUCAACAAAACUAGAAGACAGCCUACUGAAUGGGAGAAGAUAUUUGCAAAUAACAAAUCCAAUAAAGGGUUAGCAUCCAAAAUAUAUAAAGAACUUAUACAAGUCAACACCAAACCCCCCCACAAGUAAUCCAAUUUAAAAAUGGGCAGAAGACAUGAACAGAUAUUUUUCCAAAGAAGAGAUACGAUGGCCAACAGACACGUGAAAAGAUGCUCAACAUCACUCACCAUCAGGGAAAUGCAAAUUGAAACCACAGUGAGAUAUCACCUCACACCUGUCAGAAUGGCUAAAAUUAAAAACAAGAAACAAGUGUUGGCAAGGAUGUAGAAAAAAGGGAACCGUCAUGCACUGUUGGUGGCAAUGCAAACUGUGGAAGUUUGCAGCCACUGUGGAAAACAGCAUGGAGGUCCUCAAAAAGUUAAAAAUAGAAUUACCAUAUGAUCCAAUAAUUUCGCUACUGGGUAUUUACCCAAAGAAUACAAAAACGCUAAUUCAAAAAGAUAUAUGUACCCCUAUGUUUAUUGCAGCAUUAUUUACAAUAGCCAAAUUAUGGAAGCAGCCCAAGUAGCCAUUGAUAGAUGAAUAGAUAAAGAAGAUGUGGUGUAUAUGAAUAUAUGUGGUGUAGAAUAUUACUCAGCAAUAGAAUAUUAGCCAUAAAAAAGAAUGAAAUCUUGUCAUUUGCAACAACAUGGGUGGAUCUAGAGUAUAAUGCUAAGUGAAAUAAGUCAGAGAAAGACAAAUAGGAUGUGAUUUCAUUCAUCUGUGGAAUUUAAGAAACAAAAAGAACAAAGGAAAAAAAAGAGACAAACCAAAAAAUGGACCCUUAACUACAGAGAACAAACUGAUCAUUACCAGAGGGGAGGUGGAUGGGGGGAUUGAUACAGAUAAAGGGGAUUAAGAGUAUGCUUACCAUGAUGAGCACUGAGUAUAACAUUGUAUGUUAAUUGAAAAAAAUUAUGUGUAUUAAUAUAUAUAUAUAUAUAUAAAUGUUCUGUUCUUAUG